AUGGUCGCAUAUGAGCCAGCUAUGACAUGCAUCCGUAGUAUUCUCGCAGUGCUGUCUAGGGCGAUGGUGAGGGUAGUUUGGGAUGUGUGCGUUACCGACUCUACAAACCUUGAGAUUAACACAGCAGCCCGAAGCAGAACAGUUGAUUGGAAGCAUUUGCUCGCAGAUACGUCCUAUCGUGAUCGCGAACAAAGUGCCACCUCAAGCGAUAUCCUCAUAAAUUGCCAUGCCGCAGAGGAAGGGCAAGAGCCAAUCAGAUGGGGCGAUGACGAGCUCAAUGCAGCAGAAUGCAGCACGCAGUUUACCCGUUACCCAUAGCAUGAUACGUUAUGUUAUGAGAGGCUAGCUAGCAACUGGUC